AUGUCCCCGCGAGCAUCUGCAAAGUCGCAGCGGGUGCUUGCGUGUGUGCUUUGUCAGCAGCGCAAAGUCAAGUGCAACCGCAAAUUCCCUUGCACGAAUUGCGAAAGGGCUGGCGCGCAAUGUGUGCCCGCGACGCUGGCCCCACGCCAUCGGCGCCGCAGAUUUCCCGAGCGAGAGCUCCUAGAGCGUCUCCGUGACUACGAGGGCCUGCUCCGCCAGAACAACAUCAAGUUCGAGCCUCUGCAUGCCCCCGUAGAAGAGAAGGCAUCUCCCAGCCUGGGCGGUAGAAGCUAUGACUCUACAGAUGACGUGCUAUCAGGAGGCCGAGCUGCGGCGGCGGAUCGGCCGAAGAAAACAAUCAUCAAGUCUGAAACAGUAUAUGAGGCCAACGAUAAUGGCGAUGAGAGCGAUUCCUCCCAGGACGGUAUGCAUGAGGCAGUGGUUAAGAAGGUGUGGGAUCGCAUGUCUGAGGGCAACGAUUACCUUCUGUUUGGCUCACGCAAGACGAACGUCACUCUCUCUACCCUGCACCCAAAACAGGUCCAGAUCUUCAGACUCUGGCAAGUUUAUCUGGAGAACGUCAACCCCCUACUCAAAGUCACUCAUACUCCCACCCUACAAUCACGCAUAAUCGACGCCGCUAGCGAUGUGGCGAACAUUAAUCCUAAUUUGGAGGCACUCAUGUUCAGUAUCUAUUGCAUCUCCGUCAUAAGCCUUGUCGAGGAUAAAUGCCAGACCCUAUUUGGGUCGACAAGGAAAGAGCUUCUCGCAAGCUUUCGUUUUGGCUGUCAACAAGCUUUACUGAACUGUGAAUUCCUACGAUCUAGCGACCAAGACUGCUUGACAGCAUUGUAUCUUUACCUAAUCUCCGUUAGGUCCGACACAGACCCCCGCUCUUUGUCCUCGAUUCUUGGGGCAGCCAUCCGUAUUGCACAACGCAUGGGCAUCCAUAAUGAAUCGGCCUAUUCCAAAUCCACAGCUCUCGAGGCAGAGAUGCGCCGAAGGCUCUGGUGGUCACUCAUCGUCUUCGAUAAUCGCAUUUGCGAGAUGUCAGAUUCUAAGGCCACGGUGUUGACCCCUGCCUGGGACUGCAGUACCCCUCUCAAUGUGGAUGAUUUCGAUCUACGAUCAGACAUGAAGAAGCCGCCAGCAGUUCACAGAAAGCCUACCGAGGCGAUUUUUGCUGUCGUGCGGAGUGAGCUGCACGAAUUUAUUCGCCAUAGCGCCUUCCAUCUCGACUUUACAAAUCCAGCUCUCAAGGCGAUAGCUAAGAACAUAAAGCACGGAUCUGUUCCAGAGGACGGCGAGCUAGACACACUAGAAAAGAUGAUCGAGGAUAAAUAUCUCCAAAGCUGCAAUCUGGAAAAUCCGCUUCAGUUUAUGACCCUUUGGACGACGCGAGAAUGCCUUGCAAAAGCUCGUCUCAUCCAGAAUUAUUCAAAAUACUCGGAGCCGUCGGUGCAGCAGACGGACACGGAUCGCGACGCUGCCAUUUCCCAUGCGCUGAGCAUGCUCGAGUGUGACACGAAGCUGAUGACUUCUCCUCUUACCAAAGGAUACCUCUGGCUUGUUCACAUGUACUUUCCAGCUCCCGCGUAUUUCCACAUUCUCCAAAACAUGAAAAAGCGACCAAUUGGGAAGCAUAAUGAAAAGGCUUGGGAAGUUAUGAGCGAUAACUAUGAGGCUCGUUUCAAAAAGAUUGAAAAUGAUAAUCCUAUCUUCAAAAAUGUGGAAGAUGAUAACCCUAUCUUCAAAGUUUUCUCCAAGGCUGUUCUUCAAGCCUGGGAGGCGCGCCAAGCAGCUUUCAGGCAAUUGGAGCACCCGCUCGGCCAACCACUGGAGCAACCACGGAUCGUGUCGAGCAUCCAACGCAGAGCUAGACAGAUGUUGUCAAAUCCACAAAAUAGCAACAUAGAGCAGGCCCACGAUGCUCCCGGUAUAAAUGUCGACAAUCUCACAAUGCCUGUACCGAUGGACUUUGGUGGCUAUGGCUUGAUGUACGGCUUAGACGCCCAGUGCUCCGCAGGUUCGGUACUCAAGGGCUACUAUGACAUACCCGGCCAGGCUCCGAUGGAUUUAGAUAUGAACCAGCUGGAUUGGACCACAAUGGAUUGGAAUCCGAUGCAUGCUCGCGGCUGCUGA